AUGAAGCCGGUGCCCCCGCAGUCGGAUACGCUGGAGGACUGCGAUUUGGACAGCGAAAACGAAGAAAACAACAAUCGGGCCAGCACGGACGAGAGCCUCACCGUAGACGGCUCCUCGCAGGGCACGGGAGACGAUGGGUCGAACGGAGGCGAACGAGAAUGUGGCCCAAUUAAGAGGCGGCCGCGAUGCCGUGUAGAGGCGGCACCAAUUGCUGCGAGAGGCGAUGCCAGCGACGUUAUGAAUGAACUGAAGUCCUUCCUGCAAUUCAAGAGGGAGGCGCACUUAAAGGAAGCAGCCAAGGCUGCGCCAUCUGUCAAGCACGCAAGGUGCUCGAACGUCCCCACACAUUGCGCCUGUGACCCAAGCUGCCAACAGGGCCCGAACUUUGCCGCCAAGCGCUUUCACCAGCCCACAGCUCAAAUCCAUCACAGCGACGCCUACGGUCUGGAAGCCAUGGGCUCCAAGGCGAGCCACGGCUUCCCCUCGGAAGGUCUGGCGGGUUCGCAAGAACGACGGGAUGGCUCAUAUCUGGCGUGGAGCCACACGGUGGCUCAGCAGCUGAUCGCGCAGCUGUUGCAGGCGGGACACUCGAGGCACGAAUCGCUGGAGGGCGUGGUCGCCUGGAUGUCCUCAAGCGGCGCUCCGGUGCACAGCGGCGCUGGGACGCUUCCCACGAGCAGGAGCCACGCGGAGAGUCUGCACCGCGCCUUCGGAAACGGCCUGGGCUGCGGCGUGCUGUCCGUGCCCCAAGGCCGCUGGGCCCCGGGGACCGGAAGCGUGGGCGCGGGGCCUAAUGGAGCACCAAACCUGGCUCUCGGAUUUUCGGAUGCUGCUGGGGCGCGAAUGAACGUUGAUGGCAGCGGCGCCGGCAUGCCCGAGGGCGUGAAUUGCUGCGGAGGCAGGUCCGGCACCCCAAACGUGGGGUACAACCCACUGGGCUUCGCCAGUGGCGCACAAGGCCCCCAUACGAGCACUGAACACGCCAGAGUCGGAGGUCGUGAGCUGGCUGGCCAGAUGGACGGCCCGAGUUGCGGCCGCCCCGAUCAGGGCGGCCAGGCGUUGGGACUGCCCGCCGGAAUCCUGGACCCGGGCGUCCACGCAAUGAACGCGGCGAAGGUGCAGAAAUUGCUGGGUCUCAUGAACCUCAACUUCACGCUGAACGGCAGCAAGGCCCGUGGGGCGACGAUUGCCGGUGCUUGCCUUCCGGCGGGUUUCGUGGCCGACAGGUGCGCCCUGCUGCCGUCCAGACUGAACCCCAUCGCUCAGCCAUUCGCCGCCAAACCGCCGGCUCUGAAAAUGGACGACGCAGCCAGGAUGGACGCCAUGCUGAGCUACGGCGCUCUGGACGUCGGCGCCGGCGGGAUGGGGCACAACGGACUGGAGCGAUUGAGGUCUGCCGAUCUGACAGGAGUCAAUUGGGUGACAUGA